GAGGGGAUCCGGACCCCUAAAACCCUCGUUACAAGGUCUUUCCUUCUUUUCACCUCCUCUCGAAAGGGUCGAAUUCUCUGCUUUCGAUGGAGACCGCGGACAUGGAUGUCGAAGAACAGCCGCAUUCAGAUCCCAGUUCAAACUCUUACAAGCGGUUUGGACUAAAAAAUUCAUUUCAGACCAAUUUCGGCGAUGACUACGUUUUCCAAAUCGUCCCCAAGGAGGAUUGGACGGCAAUGGCUGUGUCAUUGUCUACAAAUGCGGUGAAGCUGUACUCACCAGUAACUGGUCAGUACUACGGAGAGUGUAGGGGUCACUCUACGACGAUAAAUCACAUCUCAUUCUCGGGUGCAUCAACCCCACAUGUAUUGCACUCUUGCUCUUCUGAUGGAACCAUUAGAGCUUGGGAUUCGAGGUCAUUCCAGGAGGUUUCAUGUAUAAGUGCUGGCAAUUCGCAAGAGGUCUUCAGCUUCUCGUUUGGAGGAUCAAAUGAUAACCUUCUUGCUGCAGGAUGUCAAUCCCAGAUACUCUUCUGGGACUGGAGGAACAAAAAGCAAGUUGCUUGUUUGGAGGACUCUCACGUGGAUGAUGUUACACAGGUUCACUUUGCCCCUGAUCAUCGGAGCAAGCUUGUUUCUGCCUCUGUGGAUGGCUUGAUAUGUAUAUUUGAUACCGAAGGAGAUAUCAAUGAUGAUGAACAUCUGGAAUCAGUAAUAAAUGUGGGAACUUCAGUUGGGAAAGUGGGGUUUCUUGGAGGGAAGCAGCAAAAGCUCUGGUGCUUGACCCACAUUGAGACCUUAAGUGUUUGGGACUGGAAAGGUGCAAAAAAUGAAGCAAGCUUUCAAGAUGCUCGUUUGUUAGCCUCCAAUAGUUGGGCGUUAGAUCAUGUAAGUCUUUCAUGUUAAUAGAAUCUUCUCGUUUUAAUCAAUCCGUAGAAGUACUAUGAUUCAUGUUUACUUACAUGUGCAAAACUUUCCCAUUACUUAUUAAAAAAUGUAGCAAUAACCCUACCCUUGGAAAGAAGCAGCCAAGUCCAUGAGUUAGUUUGAUUACUUGUAGUAAAUAAAGAUACAAGAGGACCAGAAAGAUCACAAAGUCAAGCAGUUAAAUGUGAACCAUGAUUCUGCAGCUACCAACUGAAUCACCUAUAUCGUGCAUAUCAACCAUGCUUUUGCUGU